AUGACAAUGAGUACAAAUCAAAUUGCAAUAAAUUCAAAAGAAAAAAAUGAAGAACAACAAUUAACAUCGAAAGAAAAACGUGCUAUUUAUAUGUCUCAAUUACGUGGUUCAAUUGAUUCAGAAUAUCGUCGUAUUGAACGUGAAAAUAAUGCACGUGCAAUGCGUAAAAAACGUUUAGAAAAUCCGCUUUAUCGUGAACAGGAACGUCGACAAAAUCGUGCACAUAUGGCUGAGAUCCGUCGUGAAAAUUCUCAAUAUCGACAAAAUGAACAUAUUAAAAAUCGUCAUCGUAUGGAAUUAAAACGUAAUUUACAUCCUCAAACUUUAUCAAAAACAAAUACUUCAACAUCUAAUAAUAAUAAUAGAACGAUUUCAAUAUAUCAAACAUUAGAAAAUAAUUUACAAUCAUCACAUAUAUCAUUCAUUCCAUAUCAAACAAAUAUUGAUUAUUAUCAAAGAUUAUCGAAUAAUAAACAAUUAACUGAAUAUGAACUUUUACAACAAAUUGAUGAAUAUUGUCGACAACAAGAUAUUGGAUCUAGUUCAGAUAGUAAUAGUCGUAGUACUAAUUCAACAUCAUCAUAUUAA